AUGGCAAAACGUGCAAGAAUGCAAGAGGCGGAACCCAUUGAAGAACAUGAUAGUGGAUUUGUGGGGCCGAUGACAUUAUUUGAUAAUUUUCCCCAUAAUGACACAUUUGUUGAACAACGGACUCUUGAAUUACUGCCUAACCCUCCUACUGAAAAUGCUGAAAUCUAUACAUUUAUGCAUAAUCGACAAGAUUACGGUGUAAUCGAUAUGACCGAUGCAAAAUUAUCUGCAAAAUUACGUAUUACGAAUGUGGCAGCACCACAUGCGGCACCUGCCGCUGAUCGAAAUAUAGCUGUUAAUCAGGCACCGUUACGCUAUGGUUGGAAAACCAAAGCUGUAUAUUUAAAUAAUCAAUUAAUCACACCACAAUCAAGUAAGGAAAAUGAACUUGAGUUUACUCAUGAUUUUCUCACAAUCGUUCCUUCAGAGUAUAUAGAUGAUAAAAGUAUUACUUUAAUGAUUCGCGAUACAGCAAGCCAUGCAGAUGUUAUUACAAAUUUACAUCAUGAUACAGAUGCCACGGGUAAUACAAAUCUCGGUGCGAGAGAGCGCUAUUUGCUAAUCAAUGAAGCUGUUGUUCAUAAUUGUAUCGAUAAAAUUGAUGUGUUGGGUCGAGUUAGACGGUAUGUGCCCACAUCAUUUGAUUUCAAAGUGGUCUUAACAAGAUUGGAGAAAUCAAAAGUCUUGUAUGGUACGGCUGCACAAUGUGCUUUGGUAGAAUUGAGAAUGGGUAGUUUAAAAUUAACCAUACCAAUUCUAAAACCCAACGCACAAUUAUCGUCAGCAAUUAAUCAACUGAUGAUUCAAAAAGGUGAAGAAUGUCGGUAUUAUAAAACCACACAUCGUUAUAUUGCAAUACCCGUACCCAUAGGUAGCCGACAUAUUCAACAUAAAGAUCUUUUCAAUGGUGCAAGACCCACACGUCUUAUAACCAAGAUUAUAUCGCAAACGCGUUACAACGGCUCCUAUAUAUUAGCACCCUACAAAGCACAGUUUCCUAAUAUUACCCGUUUUUCCGUUAGCAUCAAUGAAGCUGAAAUACCACCAAUAAUUACUAAUUCGGCCGAGGCUUACAUUAGUUUACGUCAAUCAUUGGAUCGGCGAUUUAGUGAAAUGCCGUGUACCUACGAGGAGUAUGUGUCCGAUUACGGUAUGAUUGUUACAGAUUUAUCAGCGAAUCGUGAUGGUUAUUCCCAAGUUUUGCCUAAUUCAACAAGUGGAAAUGUUAGUAUAAAAAUUGAUUUUGCUCAAGAUACCACUGCGGCACAACAACUUAUUUGUAUCGGUGAAUUUAGAAAUCAAAUGAGUGUUGGUUUUGGUACCCAAGCACGUAUGAAGUAUGAAGUAUAA